AGUAAAAGUUGCAUCAUAAUAACACUAUGUUCAUGUGUUAUUUGUCAUGCAUUUACAUUCUUUUCUUAGUUCCAGUAUGUUCCUAUGCCAUUAAACUAAACAAUCUUGUGUCCUCUUCGCGGCCAUCAUGUGCUGAUCAUGAAAGAUUGGCAUUGCAGCAGUUCAGGCAGAGUUUCCUGAUAAACUGCGCUGUUUCUGAUUCUGCAUAUCCAAAGGUGAAAUCAUGGUCAGGUGAGCUAACAAGGGAUUGUUGUAUGUGGGAUGGUGUUGAGUGCGAGGAGGAGACAGGUCAUGUGACAGGGCUCGACCUCAGUAGCAGCUGUCUUUAUGGAAAUUUUCCUCCUAACAGCACCCUUUUCAGCCUCAUUCAUCUUAAGAAGCUUAAUCUUGCCUUUAAUGAUUUUAACUACUCUCUCAUUCCCUCUAAAAUCGGCCAAAUUAACAAGCUACAAAAUCUUAAUCUCUCCAAUUCAUCAUUUAGCGGCCAAAUCCCAUCUGAAAUCUCAAAAUUAUCACAGCUUAAUACCCUUGAUCUUUCCAACAAUGGUGAUUCUUUAGCUAACAGCCAACUUAAUUUGAAACUUCAAGGUCGGGGUCUUGAGAAGUUACUCAGAAACCUAACUCGUAUACAGAAACUCUAUCUUGAUAUGGUUGACUUAUCUACUAAAGUUCCAAUCAUCCUCACAAAUCUAACCUCUCUAAAAGCUAUUUCCCUCCAAUACUGUAACUUGUAUGGAGAACUGCCAACAAGUCUUUUCAAAUUGCCAAAACUUGAAUUCCUUUACCUGAGUGGCAACAGAGAUCUAGCAGGAUUUUUGCCUCAGUUUCAAUCAACUAACCCUCUCAAAGAGCUGUAUCUAUUUGGCACAGCUUUUUCAGGAGAAGUGCCACCUUCAAUUGGAAAUCUUGCUCAUUUGGAACAACUCGACCUAUGUGGUUGUUAUUUCUCAGGAUCACUUCCAUCUUCUCUGGCUAACAUGACAAAACUUGCCGUUUUACUCUUAAGUCGCAAUAACUUAGGUGAAGUCCCCUUCUCUAUCACAAAUCUUACCAACCUCGAAGCUUUAGAUUUCUCAAAUCUCGAAUUCAGGCCACAAGACUUGUUUAUGCAGUUGUCCAAGCUACACAAUCUCAGUUACCUACGCCUUGCUGAGAUGAAACUAGCUACUGAGAUACCUCCUUUUAUUGCAAACUUUACAAAACUUAAUUAUCUAGAUCUUGCAUCAUCUCAGAUAAUAGGUCCAUUUCAACAAUGGUUUGCAAACCUAACCAAGCUAAGGCAACUGUAUCUAGAGAACAAUCAAUUAGAGGGUCCAAUACCACAAUGGUUUUCUCAGUUUACCAACCUUCAAUCUAUAGACUUGUCUUACAACAACUUGUUUGGCAAAUUCGAAAUUUUUUUUCAUCUAAAGAAUCUUCGUAAUCUAGCUUUAUCUCAACUCAACCUAACAUUUCCUAGUUCUACGACCAAUUCAUCUCUUCCAAAGCUCAAGCUCUUAGAACUUGAAUUUUGCAACUUGACCGAUUUUCCACAAUUCCUACAGUAUCAAAAUGAGCUGCAAUCACUAUCACUCAAAGGAAACAAAAUCAAGGGUAAUUACCACAAUGGUUGGUGAAUACAACUAAAGAGAAUCUCCUUAAAAUUGAUCUUUCCCAGAAUAAUUUGACAGGCUUUGAAAAGCCUGCAGCAGAACUUCCAUGGACCCAUUUGGAAGACUUUUGCUUCAGGGGUAAUAAGUUACAAGGACUAGUUCCUUCUCCACCAGGUUCUAUGAAGUUUUACGAUAUCUCAGAUAAUCUGUUGACUGGAGUUAUUCCCAGGCAAAUUUGCAAUGCAAAGUCUCUAAUUUCCCUUGAUUUGUCUGGCAACAACAUGACCGGACAGAUACCAGAUUGCGUGGGUCAGCUUGGUGAAUCUCUACAGCUUCUGAACCUGCGAGGUAACAAUCUCCGUGACACAAUUUCCAUAAAAUUUUCAAGAUACUGCAAACUGAAGAUGAUCAACUUGAGUCAAAUCAAUUGGGAGGUGAGCUUCCAAGGUCACUUGCAAACUGUAAAAUGCUUGAGGUACUUGAUGUUGGAAGAAAUCAAAUUAAUGAUUCUUUUCCAUCAUGGUUAGGAAUUCUCCCAAAGUUGCAAGUUCUUGUCCUGAGCCAUAAUAAAUUUUUUGGAGGCAUAAUGCAUCCGAAACCUUACCUCGAUUUCCGCUUCUUGCGCAUUAUUGACCUAUCCCACAAUCUUCAUACAGGUCAUUUACCAUCAAGGUACUUUCAAAAUUGGCAUGCAAUGAGAGAUUCAGAAGAAGAACAAUCAGGUUCAUACAAUACUCUGAUUACUUUCUACUUUAAGGUGGGAACAGAUUUAGUAAUUUCUGAACAGAAUUUCGAGUACUCGAUCACCAUAACAAACAAAGGCAACGAAAUUCUUUACCCAAAGGUUCUUAAAGUCUUUAGGGUCAUUGAUUUAUCAAGUAAUAGCUUCACGGGCAGGAUACCAGAUGUCGUUGGGGAUCUCAAGGGGCUUCAAGCACUCAACUUGUCCAACAAUAAUCUUGAAGCACUAUCACAAUUGACAUCACUAGAGGUGUUCAACAUUUCCAAUAAUGAACAUCUCAUGGGCCCAGUACCACAAGGAAACCAAUUCAAUACCUUUGAUGAUACCUCAUUCCAAGGGAACCCCGGGUUGUGUGGAAAUUUAUUAUCCAAGAAGUGUGUAAAUGAAGAUGUGCCACUGCCACCGCCAACAGUGAAUAUUGAAGAGAGCAAUGACGAUUCUGAGUUAAUUGAUUGGGUCAUCAGAUCACUGGGUUGUAUCAGUGGGACCAUAGUUGGCUUUGUAGUUGGGAAAAUCUACAUCACUGACAAGUACCAUGAAUGGUUUAUGGACACCUUCGGAAGGAGGAGGCCAACUAGGAGAGUUAGGAGAGCAUAAAGACAUAGACGAGAGAGUUCAGCUCUACAUGUUAUAUACUAGUAAUAAAGGGUAUGGUUUGUGAUGGAAUAUUGAAGUUCUUAUGUAAAUCUACUUCCUAUGGUCUUAAUAUCACUAGCUUGUACAUAGUUUGCUACAUCAAUAAUAAUAUGGUACUUCAUGAGAAAA